AUGGGCCCUAAGCCUCUCGCUGGCUCGGCGGACUCGAAGAAUAGAUUCCAGGACUUAUCCGGUAUUGAUAUUGCGAAAUACGCCAACCCCUAUGAUGCCUUGAUUGAAGCAUGCCAUGAUGAUCCGGUCUUAAUACAAUCUAAGUAUGCAACGCACAGAGAAACUCGAAAUGCUCAACAGAAAGCCAAGAUACUGGCCUCUGAUUUCCAAGAAAUGAUAUUGGAUGCCGUUCUUCAAAAGUUAGAGAGUCCCAAUAUUGAGCCUGGGUUUGAGGAUCCCCGGCACUGCUUAGUAUUCUGGGCGCGCCCUCCUCAGCAUAUUAAAACAUUAGUUGGGAUCAUCCAACAAAAGCUGCUUGCUUUAGCUCCGAACCUCUGGCUAAUGCCCCAGCUCAAGUUUCACCUCACCGCGCUCGAGAUAACCCAUUCUCUGACCUCCCCUGAAAUAACCUCCAUCAUUAAUCAGCUUGGUACAUCUGCCAUUUCAAGCAUGACAGAUUAUCUUCUCCAACAUCGCGCACGUCUCAUCAAGCCCACAUUAUCCUAUGACGCCGCCGCAGUUGCACUCUCCUUUCUCCCCGCCGCCGGAGAAUCGCUACCUGCAACUCCGGACCCAUCGUCUCGUAAUCCCAGAACAGCCCAAGACGAUGCAUUCACCUAUCAUCAUCUUCGACAAUCCCUAUUCACCGUUGCGCGUUCUACGGGCGUUUCUGUCGAUUCCCGUUAUGUGGUUCCUAGUUCACAUAUCACCGUUGGACGAUUCAUCACGCAGGAAGAUCAUGACACGCCUGAAAAACGACGGGCUUGGAUUAACUUGAUUGAGGAAGUCAAUGUGUGGCUGAAAGAGGAGUUCUGGCCACGGGAAGGAGGCGAAAGAAAUGAGGAUGGAGAGUGGGUGGUAGGACAGGAGAAGGGCUUGGAUUGUAGGAGGGGUCAAUUAUGGUAUGGCGGUGGCGAGACGGUAAUGUUGGGGAAGGGGUUUUAG